GGCUAUAAAGGUGGCCGCCGCCGGACGCCGGGCUCUGUGGUUCGGGUCCGCUUUCGUCUCCGUGUUGUGUCCGUUACCGCCGCCGCUGCCGCCGCCGCUUGCGCCCUCCGCUCCGGUCUGUGGUGCAGCCGGGACCCAGGACCAUGUCGCUGUCUCGCUCAGAGGAGAUGCACCGGCUCACGGAAAAUGUCUAUAAGACCAUCAUGGAGCAGUUCAACCCCAGCCUCCGGAACUUCAUCGCCAUGGGGAAGAAUUACGAGAAGGCAUUGGCAGGUGUGACGUAUGCAGCCAAAGGCUACUUUGACGCCCUGGUGAAGAUGGGGGAGCUGGCCAGCGAGAGCCAGGGCUCCAAAGAACUCGGAGACGUUCUCUUCCAGAUGGCUGAAGUCCACAGGCAGAUCCAGAAUCAGCUGGAAGAAAUGCUGAAGUCUUUUCACAACGAGCUGCUCACGCAGCUGGAGCAGAAGGUGGAGCUGGACUCCAGGUAUCUGAGUGCUGCGCUGAAGAAAUACCAGACUGAGCAAAGGAGCAAAGGCGACGCCCUGGACAAGUGUCAGGCUGAGCUGAAGAAGCUUCGGAAGAAGAGCCAGGGCAGCAAGAAUCCUCAGAAGUACUCGGACAAGGAGCUGCAGUACAUCGACGCCAUCAGCAACAAGCAGGGGGAGCUGGAGAAUUACGUGUCCGACGGCUACAAGACCGCACUGACAGAGGAGCGCAGGCGCUUCUGCUUCCUGGUGGAGAAGCAGUGCGCCGUGGCCAAGAACUCCGCGGCCUACCACUCCAAGGGCAAGGAGCUGCUGGCGCAGAAGCUGCCGCUGUGGCAACAGGCCUGUGCCGACCCCAGCAAGAUCCCGGAGCGCGCGGUGCAGCUCAUGCAGCAGGUGGCCAGCAACGGCGCCACCCUCCCCAGCGCCCUGUCGGCCUCCAAGUCCAACCUGGUCAUUUCGGACCCCAUUCCGGGGGCCAAGCCCCUGCCGGUGCCCCCCGAGCUGGCACCGUUCGUGGGGCGGAUGUCUGCCCAGGAGAGUACACCCAUCAUGAACGGCGUCGCAGGCCCGGAUGGCGAGGACUACAGCCCGUGGGCUGACCGCAAGGCUGCCCAGCCCAAAUCCCUGUCUCCUCCGCAGUCUCAGAGCAAGCUCAGCGACUCCUACUCCAACACACUCCCCGUGCGCAAGAGCGUGACCCCAAAAAACAGCUAUGCCACCACCGAGAACAAGACUCUGCCUCGCUCGAGCUCCAUGGCAGCCGGCCUGGAGCGCAAUGGCCGUAUGCGGGUGAAGGCCAUCUUCUCCCACGCUGCUGGGGACAACAGCACCCUCCUGAGCUUCAAGGAGGGUGACCUCAUUACCCUGCUGGUGCCUGAGGCCCGCGAUGGCUGGCACUACGGAGAGAGUGAGAAGACCAAGAUGCGGGGCUGGUUUCCCUUCUCCUACACCCGGGUCUUGGACAGCGACGGCAGUGACAGGCUGCACAUGAGCCUGCAGCAAGGGAAGAGCAGCAGCACGGGCAACCUCCUGGACAAGGACGACCUGGCCAUCCCACCCCCCGAUUACGGCGCCGCCUCCCGGGCCUUCCCCGCCCAGACGGCCAGCGGCUUCAAGCAGAGGCCCUACAGUGUGGCCGUGCCCGCCUUCUCCCAGGGCCUGGAUGACUAUGGAGCGCGGUCCAUGAGCAGUGGCAGCGGCACGCUGGUGUCCACAGUGUGAGGACGCUGACCCCGGGCAGCCGCUGCUCUGAAGAGCUUCCGCGCCUUCCCCCUGGUCUCGUCCGUUUUGCUCCUCAGCUCUUGCUGGUUUGUUCUUGGGUUGUUUUUCUUUUCCACCUGCCCCUUGCCUUUUGGUUGGUGACCCCAGACUCUGUGAUCCCCCAGGGUCCAUGGUGCUGCUCCAUCCGCCCCCCCUCCCCCGUGUUUACGCGCCCCACCCUGUGUGUCCCAGCCUUUCGAGCAGAAACUGCCAGGCAGGACCUGCUGGGCCGUGCGGGGCACCCUCGGCCCCACCCUGCAGUGUCUGUGGCACUCACUGCUUUUCUAAGGCUCGCCGUGAGCCAGGUCUAAAGUUUGAAGAAAAAGAAAAAUCUUAAAAAAAAAAAAAAAAAAGAAAAACAGGAAAAAGGACUUUUUUUUUCCUGAAAAACAAAAACCAAUCUGCAUGGACUCCGGUGUGCGCUGUUAUCUCGCAUCCGACUUCCCCGGUGCGAUGGCCUCCGUCCGGACAGGGAAGGUGCUGGGGUCCCUGGCCGCCCCGGCCCCUGUGGAGGGCUGCACAGAGAAAGGGGGCUCGUGCCAAGCUCGAGGGGCCUCCUGAGGAAGCCGGCCACUCCUGUGAGGGAGGCCGGGCCCGGGUACCUGAGGGCUUCUCCCUCCGGACGCUGCGGGCCAGGUGUACAUAGAGCAGCGCGGCAGGGUGGCCUCGCCUCCCGUCAGGCACUGGCGGGAGCAAGGUCGGGGGCAGGCGCUGCCCAGCUGGCCGCACACGGACAUUCCAAAGACCUCCAGAGACCACCCCACCCCCACAUUCCUUUGACCAGCCUUGUGAGGGCAUCGAUGCUGCCCCGGGCUACCUGGCUGCUCCGGGCAGGGUGUGCGGGCCGGGCCUGGCUGGGGGAGGGCAGCUCUGGGCACGCCGCACCCACGCCCCCCACCUGGGGGAAACAGGCAGUUCCUGCCCGGUUCUUCCUAAACGCUCUCGUCUUUUUGUGUGUCUUGGUGACUUUAGAAACAAAUACAGUGGACUCAGUGGCUGCUGGUAUUGUCUCUUCCCACACUGAACUCUGGGGAAUUGAGUGCAGGGCACAGCCCGGCUCAGCCUGCCCGCUGGUGGGAGCCCCUGGGAAGCUGCGGCGCUCCUUUAUCUGAUGGGGUUUAGUAAAAGCCUCCCGCACACCUCCCCGUGGCCUGGGACGUGGCUGGUAGUGUUUGUGUGGGAAGCAGCUCAAGACGCGGACCGCGUGACAUUAAGGAGAGCGCAAGGGUGGACCGGGCCCUGUGUAGAGACCCUUCCGCGCCGGCGUUCCCGCUCCGCUAAAGAUUUCAAAUCCAGGGGAUUCCAUGCUCAAUGGAUGAAUGUAGACACAAAACAGCAACACUUGUAUGAAGAUGUAAAGUGCUGAACAUAUUUUUUUCCUGUUUCCUUUCCUUUUUUAAAAAAUCUGAAUUGUGCCCUGUACUGCAGUUACUUGUUUGAAUAAAAGUUUUAUUUAUUGCA